AUAGGCAGCAUCCAGCCCAUGCAUUCAGUCCCACAGCUGGCCCAUAAGACACCAAGCCGCAGCUGCGCUGAUCACUGAUCCAAGGUGAACCCUCACACACACACACACACACACACACACACACACACACACACAUUGCCGGAUCUUUUGCUGGGAAUCGAAGCGCACUGUCUGAGACGCAAUGUUGGUCAAACUGGCCGUGGCGCUGCUGGUUUUGUCAGUGCUGGAGCAAGUAGUGGGAUCGGAUAAUAUAGAUAUCCAUGACAGCCUCCCGGAGAAGCCUGUGAGCCAGAAAGGACGCCUCUCCCUGCAGAAUACAGCUGAAAUCCAGCACUGCCUGGUGAGUGCAGGGGAUGUCGGCUGUGGUGUGUUUGAGUGCUUUGAGAAUAACUCCUGCGAGAUACGGGGGCUACAGGAAAUCUGCAUGACGUUCCUGCACAACGCUGGCAAAUUUGACUCUCAGGGGAAGUCCUUCAUCAAGGAUGCCCUGAAAUGUAUGGCGCAUGGGCUACGACACAAGUUCAGCUGUAUCAGCAGGAAGUGUGUGUCCAUUAAAGAGAUGGUGUUCCAGCUCCAGAGAGAGUGUUAUAUCAAACACAACCUGUGCUCUGCUGCUAAGGAGAAUGUGGCCGUCAUGGUGGAGAUGAUCCAUUUCCAAGAUCUCUUCCCUAAAGGUCCAUAUGUGGAGCUGGUGAAUAUUCUCCUGAGCUGCGGUGAGGAGGUGAAGGAGGCGUUGACACGGAGCGUCCGGCUACAGUGCGAGCAGAACUGGGGGGCUCUGUGCGACAGCCUGAGCCUCUGCUCCUCCCUCGCCCCAUCUCCCGCCGGCUCCGCCGUCGAGCACCACCGCCACUCCUUGCCCUCCCACUCUGAGCCGGAGCACCCUCGCCCCCCACGGCAAGGCGACAAGGACAAACCUGGUAAAGCGGGCUUCAACGCUCACCCACGCAAUCGCAGUCAGGGACCACGUCGCCAGAAUCCAGAAGCUGGAGUUGUGGCUGAGCAGGAAAACCCCGAGGCCACCGACAUCCGGAGGUGAAAGCGCAGGAGACAAUCCCAACCUUUGACCCCUACAACAUUUAAAAUGCACACUUGCAGACUUAUGCACACCUCUAAACACACACACACACACACACACACACACACACACACACACACACACACACACACACACACACAAAUUCCCAGACAGACUGAGCAGAAGGAAACAAGCCCUGACCUUUCCUGUCCUUAUUCCACCCUCUCCAGUCAUUCCAGCAGUCCCACAUUGUAAACUUGCAGGGUAAUUGUGGUGUAGCUUGUACUGUUAUGCCAGACUGUAGGCCACAAUUUUUUUUUAAAUGGAAUAAUAAUUGUUAUUAUCAUGAUUAUUUUAACUGUUAGGACUGUUUUGGCUCUAAUAUAGCAUUUAUCAAAUCAUACUUACUGUAAGAUUUGAUUAUAUUUGUACUAUUUAUUUUAUUCUUUAUGCAAUGUUGAAAUAUCAAAAUGUACAUAGAAAUAUACUUAUCUAUAUUUAUAUAAACGUGUAUAAAUAUAGUUACAAUAUGCAAUACUGAUGUACUUUAGAUGACAUAGUAUAUGGUGUGCUGUCUGUUGUUCUUUUCACAGUAUUGCACCCAUCACAUUGGUCUGUAGAUAUGUAACAUACACCAUUUGUUGUUUCAGAGUGGGAAUGUGUGUAUUAUAAUUAUAGAUACUUGAUGAUUAAAUACAAAUUGUACAGGUUUCAAGUCCAGUUCUGGCACAUAUGAAUUGUAGUGCAUGAUGGCCACAAAGCCAACAAACUUGUGCAUUCUUAAAGUGAAAAUCCAUUUUAAAGAGGAUGCAAAUGUAAUACUAUGAAUAUGGACAAUUAUUUCACCUUUGUAUGCAUUGGUAAGUCUCUCACAAAGCUAGAAGUAAGAGAGCCAAGACUGAUCUCUGAUGUCAUCAAGCACCGCUGUCUGGACGGCAAUGAAUGGGAGACUAACAUAGCAGAUGCUGUUUCAUGGACAUUUUUCAUGAGUAUUAGUGCAACUCCGACAUGCAUCUCAUUUGGAUGCAGAAAGUAUCACGUCACUCUCAUUCAUUGUUAAUAGAGCUCCAGAAAACUGUGUCUCAGUGACAUUACAGAUUACUGUCAUGUUCAUAGCUCUAGGAGACAUUAUUGUUCUUGUUCACCAAUAAUAACUGAACUGUCAAAUGUUAUUACAUUCUCUUUGAGUUGGUUUUCCAUCUAACUGUCAGCUAUCGGGGAACUGCAGCAACGAGAGGAUGCUCAAGUCCUUUCAAAUGUAAAAUCACACACAUCAAGGUGCCUAAACUUGUUAUUGUCCACAGUGACCGCUUCUCUGUGAUUUAAGUGAAUGGGUGAUACUGUGUCAUGAGAUUUAAUGUUGAGCUAUUUUACGAUGAUGUUGAGCCACAAGUCUUAGAUUUUGCACUUUGGAUGAUUGUCAGUUUGUCUUGGACUGCUGCAGGUUAAGAAGUGAGACCAGGUUACCGGAACAGUCACCCUCUAAUCAGACCUCCCUGUAUACGAUAUUUCAUUAGAACAACUACAGCACCAAGUCCUGUAUCCCCACGUGCUCCUUAGGACCAGACGGAGUCCCUUCUUUAGAAGGGCAAUGUUACCCUUUUGUGGUGUCCCAAUGAGCAGGAAAGAGGCUUGACAGAAACCCUCCAGAUCUCUGGCCCCUAUAAAUUAUCCCUUUUUUCUCUCUGGUCCCUUACCUAGGUCAGGAGAGACAUGAAGGCCGGUUAUUCUACCCGUUAGAGCUGCAGGCAACGCAGCAAGGACCCAGGAACUGGGUUAAGUCCACACACGGGGGCUGUGGCGCUGUUAUUCUAAAUGUUAUAUUUACCGAGGCCACCAGAGAAUUCCUCUGGGCCACGGCCAAGAGCCAGCAACACAGAGAGGCAGAGAGGAGUGGAGCAAGAAGGAGAGAAACAUGCUCAACUUUUAUUUUUUUUUUAAGGUGAUGAUUCACUCCAUCUUUACUUCUCUUAGUACUCUUCUUCUCUCCCUCCUUGAGGUCACACACAUAGGCUUUUGACCAUAUCAAGCCAGUCACAUGCUUUCGCUGUGGAAGUGCAGUUUGUGAGCACACUACACCACGUGCUGGGGUGCAAAAGGUGCAAAAAGAAAAUAAAACAUGCUCAGAUUUUGUGGCUCAGUUCAGGGGUUUUUCCCUUAUUUCCCCCACCCUUAUGUACUUACAGCAAGGUAAUGUUUUUUCCUCCCAAUCAUUAAGAGACUAUUAUAUAUUAAGCUCCAAAUGUUUGUAUCAUCAGUGAGGCUUUUGGGCUUUUCUUUUUUUACUCUGUUGUGGAGGUUGGGAUUCCUGUGACAUCCCAUCAUGAGACAUAAGCUAAUUCUAUUGAGAAUGUACUGUAUGUGUGUAAAGUGACAAUCUGUUUCAGCUGUCUGUCAUUAGGUUUGAUAUGGCUUUUUGUAAUAAUGUAGUGGCUUGAAUGGCUGUUCUUUAUGCGUUCAGAGGAAAAUAAAACUAACCAUGUUUCCUGCAUUGUUAGUGCUCCAUCACCACAUUAAGUUGUUUUCCUCUGUUAAGCACAGGGACUCUGCUCUCACUGUUGAAAAUACAGAACAUGGUCUAGAAGUUUGUAACUCACCUGUAAGACAUUGGGCAUAUGGUUCUAUAAAUAUAUUUGGACUCAUGGAACAGAUGUAUCAUGUUAUCAUUAAAAUGUGUUUGUCUGUAUUUUG